GUCGGCUAAUCUCUAUAGAUCUACCCAUGAUGGCCAGAACUUUACUUAUUGUCACAGUUGCCUUUAUGGCAUUGACAUUUAAAACUGUAAACUGUGGAAAAAGAGUUUGCAGAACAUUCCAAGAAGACCACAAGGGGAAAUACGAAAAGUGUGACAUGAACUUUGAAAAAGUCGGAUGUUAUCGUGACGAAGAUAAUGAUCGAGCACUGCCUUGUGAACUUCUAAACGAAAGAGACGUGAUCAGCAAGAACUACGAUGGUCACCGCAUUGAUUGGAAGAAAUUCCAAGAAUACAUUCAAGGAUUGGCAUGUAGAUGUGCUGCUAUAGCCAGAGAGAAAGGACACGAAAUAUUUGGUCUUCAGUUCUAUGGUGAAUGUUGGAGCGGCGAAGGUGACUACAAAAAGCUUGGAAUAGAGUCUCGCAAGACAAAAUGCGUCGAUGGGAACUACAAGCAGUGCGAUGAUAACAACAAGGAUGUGUGUGUUGGUGCUCAGCAUACUAACUAUGUGUAUAGGCUGAAAUAUACACAUACAUGUGGGAACGACGAAUGAACACAGUAACAACGGCUCAGUUUGCAGCUCUGCAAAGAAUAGUUCAAAAAUAAUUGGGAAUAACACAUGUAAUGUUUCAUCUUUGCUUUUGGUGUUAAAAGUGUUGUGAAAAAUAAAUAUUACUGAGAUUGUAUUAUGCAGUUGAUUAAAAUUAUGGGAACAUC